AGAGUGUGAUCUGUGAGGUAAUGAGGAGAAUCCUAGCAGCACGUGCCAUCCACAAUGUUUUCUCCACAAAUGAACUGAAACUGUCUACCACUGAUACCCAUCUAAUCCUCACGGAUGCAGCCACUCAUAUUAUGCGUCUUCGACACAGUCUCAGUGAUGUAGCUUACUGGGCAACACAUAACGAAAACAGAAAAUUAGUUGGUUACAUUGUUCGUCAAAGUGAUAAUGAAGGUGCAGAUAAUCCCCGGUACUCAUGCUAUGUAUUUGAGGCAGACAGCAGUGGAACAGACAUUUGUACAGCUCUUGGUGUUGCCGCAAAGAUGGCUUACAAUAAACUAAUAGAGAAAAGACCAUGGAAAAGAAGAGAAAGCAGGAAACGAAACUACUACUGGAUAACAUAGCGCAAUUACCAGAUAAAGAUGGCCCCCCCCAAGUAAGUUCAGAUGGGCAGUUCUUAAUCUUAGAUGGAGAAAUACCUGGUUCUGCUCCAAGAACACCUUCUCUAUCAUCAGGUAGUCGAGGACCUACACCCAGUUCAUACCACACAAGAACCCAGUAAAGAGGAAGACCCUGAAAGUGAAGCUUAAUGUGAAGUACUUCUUUUUUUUUUUUUUUUUUUUAGAAAAUAGGUAAUGAUAAGUUUAUGUUCCAUAAAUCUCAGACAGAUAGCAUUUACUUCAGGGCCAUGAAUUUCACAAAAGCAUUGCAUCUAAUGCUCAAAGUCUUGAUUGUUAAGGUUUUUCUCUGUAGAAAUUCUCUCUCUCUUACAUCUAAUGUUGAGCAUUGUUUAGGCUGCUAAUGGUUGAGAUAUUGCAAAGCUUUACAUAUUAUCCAAAGAUAAUGUCAAGGUGUAGGAACCUUCUGGGUUUGGGAUUUGGUUAGUUUUGCAUAGGUUUUCUCAGUGUCAAUUUAUUAACCAACUCUUCCAUCUUGAUAUGGAAAGUAUGAAAUUGUAUUGUGAAUUAUGACAGUGAUUGCAAAUUUAUUAACAGUAAAUAAAUGUUUUUGUAGAUACAAAUUUA